AUGCCGCCGUCCCCAGCCGCGCCGCACGACGUGGCCGCUGUCCUCCGGCUCCUGGACUCCCGCGACCUACCCGCCGCCGCGCGCCUUGCCGCCGCCUCUGCUUCCUCCUCGCCGCUCCCGCUCGCCGCGGUGCUCCUGCACCGCCCGCUGCCCCCGCGCCUCGGCUACAGCCUCCACGCCCGCGCGGCGCGGGCGGGCCUCCUCGCGGACCGCUACCUCGCUAACGCGCUGCUCGCGUUCUACGUCCGCCUCCCGGACCACCUGCCCCACGCGCUCAGGGCGUUCGAUGACCUGCCCCGCCGCGACGUCGUCGCGCACUCCUCCGUCCUCGCCGCCUUCCUCCGUGCGGACCUCCCGCGCCGCGCGCUCCUCCAGCUCAGGACCAUGGCCGCCGGCGGAUAUGGCGCCGACGACGACGUCGCCCCCAGCGCGCACGCGCUUUCCGCCUCCGCCAAGGCGUGCGCCGUGCUGCGCGACCUCCGCGCGGGAGCCUGCGUGCACGGGACCACCGUCGUACGAGGGUACGGCGACGACGGCGUCGUGCUGAGCGCGCUCGUGGACAUGUACGGCCACUCGGGCGCGCCGGGCGACGCGCGGAGGGCGUUUGAGGAAAUUGGCUCCCCGGACGGGAUAUGCUACACGUCGCUGAUAUCAGCAUUCGUGAGGAACGACUGGUUCGACGAGGCCCUGCGGUGGUUCCGGGCUAUGCUCGCGACAGAUGGGGUUUAUCCGGACGGCUGCACAUUUGGCUCCAUGAUGACGGCGCUGGGGAACUUGAAGAGGGCGAGGCAGGGUAGGGAGGCGCACGCGCAGGUUGUGACUCGUGGCCUGUGUGGGAAUGUCAUCGUGGAGAGCAGCACACUUGACAUGUACGCCAAAUGUGGGAUGAUGGUGGAUGCACACAAGGUGUUCGACAGGAUGAAAGUCCGGAAUGCAGUUUCAUGGUGUGCCCUGCUUGGGGGGUAUUGUCAAAGCGGGAAGCAUGAGAUGGUUCUCUCAUUGUUUCGUCAGAUGUAUGUGGAGGACAAUGACUGGUAUAGCUUCGGAACUCUUGUGAGGUCUUGUGCUGGUCUGUCUGCGGUGAAGCUAGGAAAAGAAAUCCACUGCCAUUUUAUGCGGAUGAGAGGCUGCGGAGACGUCAUUGUUGAAUCCGCACUCGUGGACCUGUACGCGAAAUGUGGUGUGGUAGAAUACGCCUACAGAGUUUUUAAAAGGAGCAUUGUCCGCAACAUGAUUACUUGGAAUGCCAUGAUUUGUGGUUGUGCUCAGAAUGGCCAUGGAGGAAGGAACUACUUCAACUCAAUGAGCAAGGACUAUGGUAUCCCCCCUGGUAUUGAACAUUACAAUUGCAUUGUUGACCUCCUCAGUAGAGUAGAGCUUCUAGAAGAGGCUGAAGAUCUUGUAAACAAGUCACCAUUUAGAGAUGAUUCAUCACUGUGGGCAGCAAUCCUUGGUGCCUGCGCCACACAUACUAACCCAGAUGUAGCAGUAAGGGUUGCAAAGAAGAUGAUGGAAUUAGAACCUCAAUACCACCUGAGCUAUGUUCUUCUUGAAAAUGUGUACAGGACGAUUGGGCGAUGGGAAGACGCUGUAGAGGUAAGGAGGCUGAUGAAAUCAAGAAAGGGUAAUUUACUUGAUACUGUUCCAGCAGCUGAUGGAUCUCAAACAUGUGGAGGAAUUGAAUAUGGGUUGGAGCUUUUAAAACUUGGUGUGGUGUACAGGAUUGGUGAUGGGAGAAGUACAAGGAUAUGGAGGGAUAACUGGAUUCCUCGGGAACACAACCUGAGACCAAUAGGUAGUACCCGCGUUUGCCGUCUUCGGGAUGCUAAGGAGCUGGGUCUGCAGCCUGUCUCGAAGGUGUCAGUCUUUGCAGCUCACUGGGCUCAUUGCUCAUUUAUCCUGGAGACUAAUUGUGCUGCUGUGGCUGGAAAGCUCAAGGCGUGA